CUUUUAUUGGAGUAACACAUAUUUCGUCUUUUCUUUUUUCAGAAAAUACGUUUUCUUGAAAGCAUACUUGAAAACGGUGCUGUCACCAUGGAAUGUGCUAACCGUUUUCAAGGUUUGUGUUACGAACAAGUUGUCCGUCUGCAUGAAGUGAUGGAAGAAGUGGUACCUAUUCAUGGUCGUGGAAACUUUCCAACUAUGGACAUUAAGCUGAAGGACUUAGUACAGGUAGUCCGAGAAAAGCUGCGAAAUGAAGGGGUAAGUGUCAAAGAUGUUCGUUUGAAUGGGGGCGCUGCCAGCUACAUUUUUGGCACAGACAAUGUUCGUUCAUACAACGAUUUGGACCUCAUCUUUGGGGUAGACUUGUCGAACCACAAUGAGCUACAGAAAAUCAAAAAUUGUGUUUUGGGAUGUUUAUUGGACUUUCUGCCAGAUGGGGUCAACAAGGAGAAAAUGAGCAGUUGUAGUCUUAAGGAAGCAUAUGUCCAGAAAAUGGUGAAAGUUUGCAAUGAACACGGUGACAGAUGGAGUUUGAUUUCACUUUCAAAUAACAAGGGAAAGAAUGUGGAAUUAAAAUUUGUGGAUAAGAUGAAGAGGCAAUUUGAGUUCAGUGUGGACUCGUUCCAGAUCAUUCUGGACAGUCUGUUGACGUUCUAUGAAAUCUCCGCCACCCCCAUGAGUGAAAACUUCUACCCAACAGUUGUAGCAGAGAGUGUUUAUGGAGACUUCUGGGAGGCUUGGUACCACCUGAACAAAAAACUUAUUUCUACGAGAAAUCCAGAGGAAAUCAGAGGAGGUGGACUGUUGAAGUAUUGCAACUUGCUCACGAGGGGCUACUCCCCUGUUGAAAGUAUUGAUAUUCGUGCCAUGGAGAGGUAUAUGUGUUCUCGGUUUUUCAUUGAUUUCAGUGAUCUGAACCAGCAGAGACAAAAACUAGAAUCUUAUCUAAAUAAUCACUUCAGUGGUGAAGAAGAACUCAAGCAUGAUUACCUGAUGACUUUGUACAGAGUAGUUGAUGAGAGUACUAUUUGUCUGAUGGGACAUGAACGCCGUCAAACCUUAAACUUAAUCCAUCAACUUGCAUACCAGGUGUUGAUGGAACAGGAGCGAAAGGCACAUAUAAAGUUCCUAGAAAUUCAACAGUUUGAUCAGUUGAACAAUUUAACUAUUGACCAAGUGUUCUUUCACGGUCCCUAUUCACCGAACAAUGGAAAUCAGUAUUUCAACAUAUUACCAACAAGUAGUGUUUUCCAAAUCAACGGAUCAUCAUCUUGCCCUUUGUGUCCAUCAUAUAUGCAGUGUUCAUAGCAGCCAAUCAUUGCCCCCAUCCCUUAUUGAGUGAGAAGAUGAAACAUGUUGGUGUAUGUAUGAAGGUGAAAUACCUUUCAACUGUUCUUUGAUUGGUGCAAGUGUACUAGUUCUGAUGUUGUCACUUUGUAAUGUAUCUUCAAUUAUAUUAUUCAAAUCUACAUUGAUUGCCAUUAAUGAUGGCUUAAUUUACAAGAAGGAAAUUGUGUAAUGAUUAUAAUAUUGCCCGCCUCAGUUGAUGAUGGAAUUGUUCGGACAUGAUAUUGGAUGUUUAGGUUAAAUGUGUUGAGGUACUUUCCAUGAUGGAAAAUUAAGUUCUAAAUAUGAAACAGAGGUUAAAGGAUAAAAAAAAUGAUCAAUGCAUGAUCUAUUAAUUAUGAUGGAAACUUUCUUUUUUUUCUGUGAGAAAAAUCACAUAUUUCAUAUGACAUGUUCAAUGUAAAUAUCAUAAAUUUAAUUAAUGUCUAAAAUUGUAUAAUUAAAAUAUGUCUUGGAUAAAACUGACAUUCCGUGAGAUUUUAAGUGCAGUUCUAAAAACUUACUUUAUAAAGAUGCCAACUAGCCCAGGUAAUUUUUAAAGAGCUUGUUUAAGCAAAUCCACAAUUUUUUAGAAAUGAAAAACUUGUUGAUAGCUACAAAAAUGUUUAAAAGGUAAUUUACUGCAUAGAAAAUGCAUAAUGAUUUUAAGCAUGAAGGACACAUUUAACUAUAUUUAAAAAAAAUGGAUAGGUAGCUGUAGACCUUAAUGCACUGCAAAGCAAGAGGCAGUUAAAGGGGCAAAUUUGUUAUUUGAUAGGACGUCGGUGUACUACAUUUUGCUGUUCAGGCUAAUUUAGAAUGUGAUAAGUUGAUAUCACCUCCCAAUAUGGAGAUAUAUAUAUAUAUCCAAGGCAUAUUUUUGAUUAACUUCAAGCAGGCAGCAGAAAUAU